AUGACGACACUUCGGCUCACCUGUGUUGAGCUGCUGGGCUUGCCUCUGGGUGCUCUUGACCUCGUCCUGACCUCGCUUCUAGACCUUCCUUCUGUCAAGCCUUCGGCUAUUGCCAUUGGCACCAUCUUCGGCCAGGGCGCCGACUUCAUCCUGCUCCAGCCCAUCUUCGGUGACGCCUUCAAGCGCGCCAAGGAGGCCAACACCGCCGAGGAGUUCGCCAAGUCCAAGCAGGCUGCCUCUGCCGGCGUUGCCUGGGGCACCUCGUUCAUCGGCUCCGGCCUGCGCUCCUACGGCGUCGGUGCUCUGAUCAACGCCACCGGCACUCUGUCCUACAAGGGCGCCGCCUACCUCGGCACAUUGGUCUUCUUCGCGACCAGCGCCCCCGGCUACCUGAGCGAGAUUCUGGCCGAGAAGCGCCCUCUGGACCUCGUUGCCGCCAGCGUCGUUGUCCGCGUCCUUGAGACGGUCGGCCUCGCAACCCUGCUCACCUGGUGGGGCACGCGGCCGAGCAUCAUCUAA